UCGGUUUUCGGUGUUCAUCGCAUAACCAGUGGGGGUCAGCAACGCACUCAACGUGCCCGGUCGUCUGCCGGAAAUCAAGAAGAAGAAAAAGAUUCUAUGCGAAAAAUUACAAAUUAGAAGUGAAUGAUGAAAAAAAAAUGGCGUCAUUUUAAAGUUAUCAGUUGCAAAAGUGUAAUGCCUUACACACGAGCUAAGGUUGAAGAAGUCCCUUGAUAGCUUGCUAGCAAGCUAGCCACCACUGCUAUCUGUUUGAAGACUCGUCGGUGCUCGUUCUUCUUCACAAAGACACCGGCCAAGAACAUUUGGAAGCAUGGCGAGUGUUCAUGAAAGUUUGUAUUUCAACCCGAUGAUGACGAACGGGGUUGUCCACGUUAAUGUAUUCGGCAUCAAAGACUGGGUGACUCCGUAUAAAAUAUCCGUAUUGGCGUUACUGUACGAGAUGACAUCGUCGAAGAUCACGCUGCCAGAAAGAAGACGCCUGAACAAGCUCAUCUUACCUCUGCAGCAGAGCUCGGACCUGUCUCUUGGUCAGUUCCUCAAGACUGUGGGAGAGUGUUGCCCUGACACUGCAUAUUCUGUCAAAAUCAGGCUUCAUGAAAUGGUAGAUGGAGAGCUGAGAGACAUGGAAUAUUUCUUUUCCACCCUACCCAUUCCAUUCACAGCUUUUGAUUCGGAGGCGUAUAAAACCAGUGUUGUGGGUCUUUUUAUGAGACACAUGCUCCUGGCCUACAACAAGCUUUCCUUCAGUCAGGUGUACAAGUUGUACAAGUCCCUGCAGCACUACUACCACAGCAACUAUUCCAAGCCAACUGAAGGCCAAGUGGGUUUGAUGGCACUGGCUGUUGAUGAAUCUGAUAUGGAUCACACCGACACUGAGGAUACAAUUGGGGACCGAUUAGACAGAGAGGAGGAGCAUAACUCUUUAGACGAGUCAGAAAUUCAGCAUGAAAACACUCCAAGCAGAGGUCCCUUGUCACAAAAACAAGCAGAGUACUUUCUUGCGAGACAGGCGUACCUUCUAAAGAACGAUGAGAACAAAGCUCUGAAGCCUGCAUUGCUGCAAGAGGAGCUUAACAACAUGCUGAGGUUUAACCCAGACUUCGCUGAGGCGCACUACUUGAAUUAUCUGAACAGCAUCAGAGUGCAGGACAUCUUCCUGUCAGCCCACAGUCUCUUGCAUUAUUUCGACCGCCUCAUCUUGUCUGGGAAUGACGGAAAAAGCAAUGGAGAAGAAGGCUACGGCAGAAAUCUUCGCUACGCCACUCUAAACUUGGCCAGCCUUCACUGUCGCUUUGGACACUACCUGCAGGCUGGUCUGGUUCUGCAGGAGGCCAUCCGCAUCGCCCAGGAGUCCAAUGAUCAUGUCUGCUUGCAGCACUGUUUGAGUUGGCUCUACACACUGGAACAGAUGAAGGGAUGCGACAGCACUGUUUUAACGGAGGAUUCCGUCAAAAUGGCUGUUCAUUUUUGCCUGCCGUACCUGGCAUCGCUCGGCAUCCAGUCUUUGGUCCAGCAGGGCACAACGCAGGGUAAAACAGCGCACAAGCUGAUGGAUGCACUGAAGGACACUGACAUCUUGCACUGGAAGCACAGCCUCUCGGAGCUGAUCGAGAUCAGCUUGGCUCAGACAACAUCCAUAUGGAGGAUGUAUGGCAAAAGCACCAUGGCUCUGCAGCAGGCCCAACUGCUUCUCCACAUGAGCAGCUUGGAACCGGUCAAUUAUGGGGUCCAGCAGAACAACACGGAGGCCUUCGCUGUGGCUCUUUGCCAUCUGGCUGAGUUGCAUGCUGAGCAGGCCCUGUACGGUGCAGUUUCAGACAUCCUCCAGCAUCUGAAAGAUCAGUUUCCUGCUCACACACAGCAUGCCAAGGUGUGUCGUCUCACACACAAAUUAUUUCUCCAUAUAUCAUGUCCAUAUUCACCUUGUUUUAUCUUUCCAAUUCAGCUCUGGAUGCUGUGUGAUCUAAAAAUCCAGUUUGAGAGGCACAUGAUUGAGGCAAAAUACAAUUUAGCAGAGCAGCUAGUCACUUCUAUUUCUGCUUUCAACAAAACAGAGGGUCUCUACAGGAAAGUCCAAGUUUUAAAAGUUCUCAAUCGAACCACUGAGGCGUACAGCAUCUUGCAGCGACUGCAGGUGCACUGCGAGAAGACCAAAUGUACAGAGACUAUCAUCAGAGUUCUGCUUUCCACGGCUGAGCUGCACUGGGAGUCGUCUGGCUUCUCCACAGCCCUUCCUCUCCUCUUCCAAGCCUUGGCUCUGGCCCGACAGCACCACCUGCAGUCGCUGGCCUCAGAGACCCUCCUUCACCUGACCUUCACACAGUUGAUGUUGGGCGUACCUGAGCAGGCUCUUCUUGUCUUGCAUGAAGCCAUUGAGCCUGUUCUGGCUCAUGGAGCGCUGGUGGACAAAGGCCGUGCCUUGCUGCUGGCAGCCCGCUGUCAGAUGGCUGUUUCUGAAUUUCGGCCAAAUAGACAAGGGCAACCAGCAGAUUCACAUGUUGCGGUUUUGGCGGUGGACAUGUUACAUGAGGCUGCAGCUUAUUUCACAAAGCUGAAUUGCAAGCUGCACCUCCGAGAGGUCCACUACCUGCAGGCUCAGCUCUACCAUUCUCUGGGACAAAUACCGCAACGAAACAAAAGUGCCCUGCUUUUUCGCCUGUUGGACCAGGAGCUGCAAUCACCGGCACCGCCACUCUCUAUGCGCCUCUAAACUCUUUGACAUUUUGACUUUUGAGAGGAAGCCUGAGGUGGCCGCUAGAUGGCGGUAAGGCCCUGUUCUGCUUGGUUCUGCUCUCAGCCCCAUCUUUUGUAAGUUUAUUUAUACUGACUGCUGUAGAGGUGAAUAUGAAUCACAUUCUGUUGUGGUCCUGUAUUAGGUUUAUGCCAUACACCAAAUACAUACACUCUUGAGUUUUGUGCAGCAACCUGUAUUCUAGUAUACUAUUGAAUGGCAGCACGUUGCUCAACGUAACAUGGUUUCAUUGUUUGCGCCACAACAGCAGCCCAAGUUUGUCAGACACUGCUAGAUAUGGCAAAGAUUUAUCAGAAGCUAUCAUUCACCUGUGAUUUUAGCUGCUGCUUCUUGAUAAAUGGAGCAAAUCUUGCACUUUCACUGGCCUGGAUUAUUCACAGUUCACCAGGGGGAAUGCUGAUGAUGUAUCCACAGGAGGAAAUUGGGACUUUGCUUUGGCACGCUGUGUGAAGACUGAUAACAUCUAUGUUCUUUGACAGGAUGUUCCCCCAAAAAUGUACGGUAAAUGAUUUGACAGUACUUAGUUUUUAUUCAUUUGGUCUGUAAGAUUUUGGGAACCACUGAAAGGUCUUAACGUACAAUUAUAAAAACAUUUUAUCAAUCAGG